UUAACGCGUUCGCUACCGGAGAUUUCGAAAAACACAUAGAACUACAGCAAAUAAACGACGCAUAUAUGCGUCGCUGGUAGCGAACGCGUUAAUCAAUAAUUCAUGUCAUCAUUUGGUGCAACAUUAUUCGAUUCAAUAAUCACUGAUGAAAAUGAUGAUAAUAAUGAUAUUUAUGAUGGUGAUAAUCGAAUGAAAAGUUUAGGAAAUCAUAUUAAAAAAAUGAUUCGUAAUUGGAAUAUACCUGAUAAUAUGGAAAUAUUAUCGGAAGAAACAUUUUUUGAACAUCAACAUCGACAACAAUAUCGUCAACAACAACAACAACAACAGCAACCAAUGGAAGCAUUAUAUCGUUUGAUACGAAUGGAUAUUUCCGAACAAAAUGUUAAACAUUCAAAAAAUGAUAAUGAAGCAAAUCGUUUUUUACAAAUGGGACUAUAUUUUUUUCGUAAUCGACGAUAUGUUGAUCUAAAUUUAGCAAUCAAUUGUUUUUCACGUGCAAUUUUGACAGCAAAUAAUACUCGUUUAGUAUUUGAAUCAUAUUAUCAUCGUGCAUUGGCAUUUUUAUCGAAAAAAUUAUUCUAUUAUUCAUUUUUUGAUUCAAAUUAUUAUCUGGAAAAUGUUAUAGAAGAUAGUGAUAAUAAACGUACAAUAAGUGAAUGUUAUAUUGAAUCAUGUGUAGAGAUUAUUGAUUCUAACCUGAAUAAAGCAUCAUGUUUUGGUCGUUCGGAUUAUCGUAUACAACGUUGGAUGCGUAUAGCUUCGGAAUUUUUAGAUCGUGCACGAAUUGAAUUGGCCAUACAGAUGCUUCAACAAACAGCAACACCAACAACAACAACAACAACGACAACAACCGCAACAAAACCAAAACCAUCUGAUCGUUUAAUACAAUGGAUGCGUAAAUUAGAUACAUUUGAAUUUAAAAUUGAUCUAACACCAGCAAUGGCUGCAAAGAAAUUUCAAUUUUUUCCUUAUAAACAUAGUAAUAUUGAACAGGUUGUUGAUUUGAAUCAAAAUUGUUAUAAAGAUAAUCAGGUUCAACCACGUGGUCAUGAUAUUUUGUAUGAAAAACCAUUGUCAGCAUUAACAACCAAACCACUUCGUUAUUGUGGUUGGUGUUCCAAUUGGAUUGGUUAUAAAUUUAUACCAUGUACAAGAUGUGAUCAAACAAUUUAUUGUAAUAAUUAUUGUCGUCGUUUAGAUGAAGAAUUUGGUGGACAUUUUAAAAUUUGUUGUUAUCAUUAUCGUGUUGCUGAAUUAUUAGGUGUUGAGUGUUAUAUGAUUUAUGCUGAAGCAGCAAAAACAAAAAAAAUUAUCAUUCCAUCAUCAUCGUCAUCAUCGCCAUUACCAACACCAUUAUCAUUAUCGAUGGGUCUAAAUACACCUAAUAAUGAUGAUGAUCAACUACAACCAUUCAAAAUUGCUGUUGAUAAUGAAAAUCAAAUCCGAUUUCGUGCAAUUAUUCUGUCAUAUAUUAUUCAGCAGAAAAUUUUUCGUGGUACAUUACAACCAAAUGUUCAUUAUUAUCGUGAAAUAUUAACCGAUUUACGUAAUCGUUAUCGUUCACCAUUUUUAGCAAAACGUAUUUCUGAAAAAUUUAUUAUCGAUAAUGAUGGUACAUUAAUUGUACAGAAAAGAUCCGAUAUAUAUGGUAAUGGUGUUAUCGAAUAUCUAAUUGAAUGUUGUACAAAUAAUACAACAGGAACCGCAACAAACCAAACAACAACAAUACCAUUUUUAGAAUCAUUACCAAUGAAUACGGACAAAGAUCUUCAACAACAACAACAGAAAAAUGGUAAUAUUGGUAGAUAUUUUAAAUCCGGUAAAAUUGUCUACAAAGCAUUAGUCGAUUUUGAUCAAAGAAUUCAAUUCUAUCCACGUCUAAUAUUACAAUUAUAAGUGAAAAAAAAGAU